AUGAGAUUUAGCCGAAUUAUAGAGGAGUAUCUGAAGAACUCCACUUUGCAUGGAGCUCGGUUUAUUGUGGACAAGGAUGCCAGUUGGAUUGAGCGCAUCUUUUGGGUUAUUUGUUUGGUGGCCUCUUGGUACGCCUCCUGGUUGCUUAUCAAAGCCUCGUUAAGUGCCUUUGAAAACAAUGCCAUCAGCUUUGUGGUGGAGAGUUCGUUUCGCGACUGGAAUACCAAUUUUCCAGCUAUUAUAGUCUGCGAAUCAAAGAAUAUGGAUAGGAUUCAGGAGGUUGCUGAACAACUUUGGGGCGCUGACCACGACUUCACUUUGGAGGAGGUCCUUAGUGAAAUUGCCUUUUUCCGAGGGGAAUCCUAUCACACAGUCCAUGAAUGCAGUGGCGAGGAGGUGACCACUUCAUGUUUCUACUCAAAUUUCUCGUAUUAUGCCGAACUGGUUAGAAGCAGUUGUGUGGACUCAAUUAGCAAUUGCGAGUGGAAUAAUAAACCAUUUGAGUGCUGCAAGUACUUUCAUCGCAUGGAAACUGAACUCGGAAUUUGCUAUGCCAUUAAUUCUCUGCAAGCCGGAAAACCCAAAAGUCCCAAAUUGAAUAUGUAUUCAAAUCGAGAUAGUGGGCCUGGCACUUUGAAAAUGGAAUUGCAUACAGAGGCUACGGUUUUUAUACUUGGCACUGAAGAGGUGCCCACAUUGGUUACCCCAAAAACGGAUUUUCUAGUGGUGGGACCCUAUAUAUCCUUUGUAAGAUAUAUUUCCAAGCGAGACAUUGAAAAUGAUGAAGAGAUCCGGCAGACGAGUGUGCAUCAGAGGAACUGUCGUUUUGCAGAUGAAAAUAUCCUGGAUGUUCACAAGUUCUAUAGCUAUAGUGCCUGCACGGUUCAAUGUCGCAAGGAUCGGCAAAUGGAGUUGUGCAACUGCUCCAGUCACCUGUCCCCAAAUUCCCCCGAUUGGCAGCUUUGCAACAUGGAUGGCUUGGAAUGCCUGAAUCGCAAUUACGAAGAUCUCUCGGUAAUUAUUGCCAAAUGGUCAAAACGUCGCGGUCGAAAGGGUUUAGUUUGCGAUUGUCUGCCAUCCUGUACGGAGGUGGAUAUCACCACAGUUUAUGACAGCAAGGAAAAUCUGGUGGGAAAUCAGAAUCCAGUCUCCCGAAUUGAAUUGGGUCUUAUUGAAUUGCCCACAGAAAGAUAUAAAAGGAAUUUAGUGAGAGGAAAAUUGGAUUUGGUGGUAUCCAUUGGUGGCACCACCGGCUUGUUUGUGGGUGCCAGUCUUCUCAGUUUUGUGGAGAUUUUCUAUUACAUAACCAUUCGUCCUUAUACCACUUAUAUGAACGAAAAACAACGACUAAAACGUUUAAUUUUACCUGAAAGAUUUCAUAAGAAUUAA